AUGCCGAGCCUCGGCGACGGCUCGGGGCGCGGCCCGUACGACGUGGCCGUCGUGGGCUCCGGUCUCGGCGGACUCGCGGCCGCCAUCGCCCUCCGCCGGGCCGGCCAGCGCGUCACCAUCUACGAGCGCUACGACUUUUCUGGCGAGGUUGGCGCCUCGCUCUCGUGCGCCUCCAACGGCUCCCGCUUCCUCGAGGAGUGGGGCGUGGACAUCGCGGCGGCCAAGCCCGUGGUUCUCCAGAGUCUCGUCAGACACGACUGGCACACCGGACACGUCACCGGCACAUACCCCCUCGGCGACUACCGGGCGCGGUUCGGGACAGACUACAACAACUUCCACCGCAUCGAUCUGCACGAGCGCCUCAAGCAUGUGGCCAUGGCGGACGAGGGGGGCGGCACCCCGGCUGUCCUCAAGCUCUGGCACCGAGCCGUGGGCCUGGAUCCCGUCCGGGGAAAGAUACUGUUCGACAACGGCGUCGAGGCGACGCAUGAUGUCGUCGUGUGCGCCGACGGCAUCCGCAGCCAGAUGCGCCAGCAGCUCGGCAUCGAGCCGCACGUCGCGCCCUCGACGUCGUGCUGCUACCGCUGCAUCAUCCCCGCCGACCGGCUGCGCGAGCUCGGCCUGUCCGAGUUUUGCGACAGUGGCGCCGUUGAGUUUUGGGGCGGCGACGGCAUCGACAAGAUUGUCAUGGGUGCCUGCUCCAACCAAGACGUCGUGAGCUGCUACUGCUUCUAUCCGGCCGACAAGAACGACUUGAGGGAAGACGGCUGGGACGUGUCGACGACCGGCUCCAAUCUCGCAGACACGUUUCCCGGCCUCGACGACCGGCUCAAGACUCUGUUUCGCAAUGCCCAGGACAUCAAAAUGUGGCGCCUCUACAACCACGAUCCAUACCCGUACUGGGUCAAGGGCCGCUGCUGUCUCGUCGGCGACGCAGCGCACCCCAUGAUGCCCGACCAGGCCCAGGGCGCCUGCAUGGCCAUCGAGGACGCCGGUGCGCUGGGCAUCCUCUUCUCGCCGCGCUAUGCCUUCCUGACCAUUGCUCAGAAGCUGCGCCUAUAUGAAGAGGUGCGCCGGCCUCGCGCGACGCGCUUACAAGAGGCCAGCAAGCGAGCCAGGCUGGACAUCACGGAGCGCAUCGGCUGGAGCACCGCCAGCGACCGACCAGGCAAGCUCACCAUCGAAGAAGUGUGUGGCUAUGACAUGCACCUUCACCUGGCGGAGCUUGUGCAGGGGCUCGUGGGCGACGCCGCCCAUCCCUCGUUGUGA